AUGGUGGACAAACAGAUAGAAAAGACCAGCGCCGAUGCCGAUAUUAAAAGAGAUGACAUCAAAUCAGAAUGGACAGCCUGUAUCAGAACUGAGAGAUUGUUCAUCCGGCGUGUGAUUGUUGGCGAGGAUGCAGAUGGCAUAUUCGCUAUACGUUCACGGAUGGAUGUCAUGAAGUGGAGCUCCGCGAAAACCCCCGAUGCCGACGUCGCGGCAACGAAGAACCAUUUCCUUAACCUUGAACAGAAGGGAGCUCUCAAUCUCGUCAUAUUUGAAGGCUCCAAUACAAGUCGGGUCAUUGGCACCAUUGGCUUCUUCAAAAGGGACGGGCCGCAUGGGCUGACCGAGCUUGGAUACCUGCUACAUCCAGACUUCUGGGGGAAAGGAUUCAUGACCGAAGCCGUCCGUGCUGCGAUCAACUUCUGGUGGGACUAUGUCUCCGUUGUUCCAGAGAAUAGCGCUGAUAAAAACGGAUUAUCCAAGAAUGAUACGGUCUUGCGUGCCGUUACUGACAUGCUGAAUUUGCCAAGUAACCGGGUUUUGGAGAAGUGUGGAUUCAAGAAGACCGCAGCGAUGGCUGACAAGAAAGGUCCUGAUUUCACGUGGGAGCUGCAAAAGAACUACACUUCGACCACUUGA